AUGCAGACUGCUUCUACAAACAUUUGUGAAAGAAUGGGUCACUCUCAGGAGCUCAAUGAAUUCAAGCGUGGUACUGUGAUAGGUUGCCACCUGUGCAAUAAGUCCAACUGUGAAAUUUCCUUGUUACUAAAUAUUCCACAGUAAACUGCUAGUGGUAUUAUAACAAAGUGGAAGCAACUGGGAACAACAGCAACUCAGCCACGAAGUGAGCGGGGUCAGCGCAUACUGAAGUGCACAGUGCGCAGAAGUCGCCAACUGUUUGCAGAGUCAAUAGCUAAAGACCUCUAAGCUUCAUGUGGUGUUCAGAUUAGCACAACAGUGUGUAGAGAGCUUCAUGGAAUGGGUUUCCAUGGCCAA